CCUCCAUCUCGUCUGCUUCAUCAACUUCCCCUCGCCCAUGACGCCCCCCGAUCGCGACGCGACCCUCUCCGAGACCCGGGCAGUGCCCCCGACGGCCCCGGAUGUCUCGCCGCGUCGGUCAUGGGCAGCUGAGGACGCGCUGCCUCCCACCAGCGAGAAGCCCCCCGAGGCGCCGGUCGAAUCCACGCCGCAACCGCGAGACGAACCAGUCCUGCAGCCAUUAUCCCACAAGGCCACGCAGUUCUACACCCUCUCCUACCUAGUCUUCUUCUCCAUCUUCGGCACCCUAGCCCGCCUGGGCCUGCAAGCCCUCACCUUCUACCCGGGUGCCCCCGUCGUCACCGGCGUCCUCUGGGCCAACGUCGGCGGCUCUCUCUUGAUGGGCUUCUUUCUCGAAGACAAGAACCUCUUUCGCGAAGAAUGGGGCAGCCCAACUGCCAAUUCCCACCCCAGUGACAACAACGAAGCCGCCAAACAGCACAAAACCGUCAAGAAAACCAUCCCGCUCUACAUCGGCCUCACCACCGGCUUCUGCGGCUGCUUCACCUCCUUCUCCUCCUUCAUCCGCGACAUCUUCCUCGCCCUAACCAACGACCUCUCCACCCCCUCUCCCUCUCCCUCCAACGACCCCAUCCCCUCCCGCAAUGGCGGCUACAGCUUCAUGGCCCUCCUCGCCGUCAUCCUCACCACCGUCGCCCUAAGCCUCGGCGCCCUCAUCUUCGGCUCCCAUCUCGCUCUCGCCCUCGACCCCAUCACCCCCACCUUCCCCUUCCGCUUCACCCGCCGCUAUCUCGAUCCCCUCUUCGGCCUCCUCGGCUGGGGCUGCUGGCUCGGGGCCGUCUUCCUAGCCAUCUGGCCCCCCCGAUCGCCACAAUCACGCCACGGAAGUCUGGCGCGGCCGAGCCGAUGUUUCCUGCGCUUCUACCUCUCACUAGCCCUGAAUGCGCGCCUCCCGGCCUUUCCCCUGGGUACCUUCGUCGUGAAUAUCUUCGGGACUAUCAUUCUGGCCAUGUGCUAUGAUUUGCAACAUGUUGGCGGUAUUGGGACGGCGCUGGGAGCAGUAGCCGCUACUUCGUCCAUUUUGACCAGUUGUCAGGUCUUGCAGGGCGUUAUGGAUGGGUUUUGUGGCUCCGCUACUACCAUCAGUACUUGGGUGGCGGAGUUGAAUGGGUUGAGUAAGCGGCGGUAUUCGUAUUUUUAUGGUCUGGUGAGUGUUGCGGUGGCUUUGGGGUUUUUUGUUAUUUUAGCGGGUUCGUUGGGUUGGACGAAGGGUUUUGUUGAGCCGGUUUGUGGGUGAUGUAGAUAGAACUCUAAUGUAUAUAUGUGUAAUUAGUAUAGUAAUG